CUGCCCAGCUCUCUGCUAUCAAGUCAUCGAGGAUACCUGCAGGCUUACAUAUAUUCACUGUUAAUCCGUCUCAGAAUCUAUUACUAUUACUGUCUGUGCUCCUAGGCUGUGGACAACCCAUUCUGGUGGCCUUACCUCAACGUGUUUGGAAUUACAAACCUGUAUUGGGAUGUUCCUGUACUUACAGGUUAAUCUUCAUGGAUACCGGCAGUGAUGGGGCACCACAGGAUUUUAUCUGGGAUUUAAGUAACGCAGAUUGGUGUCAUAUUAUAAACAAAGGAAAAUAAAUUUGACAUUUUCUGAUGAAAGAACAAGAAACUCAUUUUGUGGAUCUAAGCGCUGUGAGAGAUCACUUUCCUCUGCGGCUUCGGUUGGAAAUGUCAUAAGGUUAGCUCAUCUGGAAAGAAAUUUCUUCAUUUCAACUUUUCAAGAUUUGGAAAGGUAAUAGAACAAAGGAGGCGUGACUCCACUGAUGGAUCUACCCCACAAAGGAGGGUGUAUUGCCUUACAUCAUCGCCUUUCUGUCAGCAACUGCACCUCAUGGGAAGAAUGCUUCACCUAAGUGGACCAAUGAGUUUGCUUGGUUGCUGAGUCAAGAGAAUGGCCGGGAAAGUGACCAGGGUCCCAUCCUCACAUGCUCUCCGAAUUGGCGAGGACACAGUCGUCCAAAUGAGUGAGAAACCUUCCAAGUCCAGGGUGGACCAUGAUGAAAUUGAGAAACUUCUUGGAGAUGUUCCACUGAGACAGAACUUCUCACAGCAGUUAUACUGCCCCUCAGACUUUGAUACUGAAGCUACUGGUCGUUAUAAUCGCAGGUUCAGUGAAUAUGACUUCCAUAGUCAUAGAGCCACACCCUCUCUGAGUCACCGAACUCACUACAGAAAAUCUUUACGGGAACCUUACCGUGAUGGGGGUUUACAAUGGAGACGGUCAGUCACAGUACAUGGAGUGCCCAAAAACUCUAGACGAUUCUCCUUAGGUAGAGACGUCCCAGAAAACAGUUUGAGCGGCAACACGCCAGGUCUGACUAAAUCUCAAACUGCUGAAGAACCAUUAACACUAAUUGAGGAGAGUGAUGUCACGAACCAUCAGAAAGAAUAUCAGCAGGGACAAGAGGAGGAGGUUGAUAAUGAGGCGGGUAUUGUCUUGAAGACAAGAAAUAGGGACAAGGAUGGAGAGGUUGAAGAAUCUGACGUUGAAGAGGACAAGGAGGAUGAGGAUGGAAAGAAACGAGACGGUAAGCUACUGGAUUUACGGAUAAAAGAAGAUGAUGAAAAGAGUCAGCAAGGGGAACACGAAGGACAAGAUGAAGCUGAAGAAAGAUUAAAGAGACUGUCUCCUGUAUACACACCUAGUGCAAGCUACAGAAAAUCCAAAAGGUCUUCUGGUCACAGACAUAAACCUUCAAGACUCCAUUCUCCGCCUCUUCAUGCGGAGACCAGACAGGAUGAGGGUUUCUCUGACAAUGGGCCCGCAUCCCCUCAGCAACUCUCUGAGGUAACAGACCUGGAGGAGGCCUGCAGUCUCGACCAGCAUGCCUUACAGCGAAUCGCAAGUGAGUAUGUCCGCGUUCAAGUCCUUAAACCUACCAUCAAUUUUUUGCUGGUGGACGACGACAAGGAAGAAAAUGAGGACGAGAAAGAAAAGGAAGAGCAACAUCCUUGGCAACGCAAGAACGAAGGAGAUUGCCAAAAGGGAAAGGACAGGCCUCGGCUAAGUUUUCACCUGGACGAUGAAUGUGUGCCAAGUGCUCAUGAUAAAAAGGGCUCAGUAAGUCUUUUGCAGGUGCCAGGUAGCCAGAAAAACGCCAUACCUAAGGAGUCACAUCAGCGGGAAUGGUUAUCCCAUCAUAUCCAGGAUGCCAUUUUGCAUCAUACUGAGGAUAGUCCCAAGAUUAGCCAGAAACAUCCCAAAUUGGAAGCCAAAUAUAGCUCGCCAGGUCAUCGUUAUGACGAUGUUGGAAUCAAUCGACGGCGAUCCAAGAUUUUGAAGACACCCUCGCCAUCCUCACGAACACUGAGUUACCCCUCAACACGCAGCCACAAACCACAUGAGUUAUUUGUGGAGCUUGAUGAACUUCAACGCAGUGAGCAAUUUGCCGGCAUCGGUGCCAGCAGCAUAUAUUGGAAGGAGAAGGCACGAUGGAUUAAGUUUGAAGAGGAUCGUGAGGAAGGGUCAGGUCGAUGGGGCAAGCCUCACGUGGCAUCCUUGACGUUCAACAGUCUUCCUCAGCUUAGGAAAGGCCUUGAGCAUGGUCUGGUGUUACUGGAUAUACCAGAGACCCAGCUCCCUGCAAUCUUUAAUACCAUGGUGGAAGGAAUGUUAAAUGCUGAACUCAUCCAACCAGAGCAACAUGGAUUGGCUUUACGAAUGCUCCACCAAUCAGCUCGCAAGAAUCCUAUGGAACAAACGAGCCUCUUUCAAGCCUCUGUUAGACGUCUUUCCAUGUAUGCCACGUCAGAUUCAUCACGCAAGACAUCUCUCAUUACUCCCUCACCGCCAGUCAAUAACGCCACAGCCCUGUCACCUUCUAUUGAUAACCAUGCCAACGGGGCUGAUGAGGUACGUAUAUCAAUGCUGGAGAACAACAACAACAGUAACCCUGACACACCACUGAGCAGACGGUUAACAGUUCACGGCGAUGCUAUCAUGAGGAAGAUCCCCGCUGGAGCAGAGGCAGCGAUUGUCAUGGUUGCCACAGAUGAUGCCUUUGAGGAUACUGUCAUGACACUAGUCAGGCUGGAGGAAGCCACCGUGUUUGAGAACUUUCUUGAAGUGCCUACCCCAUUACGAUUCAUUUUCUUCAUGGUUGGACCUAGCUUUGCUGACACGGACUACCAUGAAAUUGGCCGUGCAAUGGCUACACUGUUUUCAGAUGAGGUGUUUCGUGACAUAGCCUACACUGGUUUAGACAAGCACGACAUUAUGAAGGGAAUCAGUGAGUUUCUGAAUGACACCAUGGUUCUACCACCGGGAGAUUGGGAUCGUGACCUCCUGCUGCCCAUCACCAGGAUCCAGAAGAAGGAACAAGCUAAAGUUAUGAGAAGACGACAGACACUCAAACCAACCAAGGAGGACACUGAGGCUGUGAUUGCACUAACAAAGAAGAUGCACAUGGAGCUAAACCUUGAUCCACUGCGUCGAACCGGUCGAAUCUUUGGUGGCUUAGUCAAUGAUGUCAAACGCCGAUAUCCUCAUUACUGGAGUGACAUCACUGAUGCUUUCAACUUUCAAUGCCUUGCUGCCUUUGUCUUCAUUUACUUUGCCUGUCUGUCACCGGCUAUCACAUUUGGUGGUUUGCUGAGUGAGAAGACUAAGAAAUGGAUGGGAGUGAGUGAAAUGAUAGUCUCUACAUCUGUCUGUGGCAUGUUAUUCUCUCUCUUCUCUGGCCAACCUCUGGUCAUCAUAGGAGCUACAGGACCAUUGCUGGUAUUUGAAGAACAGAUGUCUGUGUUCUGUGAGACAAUAGGCAUAGAGCUACUGCCCUUUAGGACCUGGGUUGGUUUCUGGAUCUUUGUGAUAUCCAUCGUUGUGGUGGCCUUUGAAGGCAGUAUUCUGGUGCGAUACUUCACCCGAUUCACCGAAGAGAUUCUGACCGUCCUCAUCUCAUUGGUGUUCUUGUAUGAGACUUACCUGGGCUUGUACCAUACAGUCUGUGCCAAUCCUUUGCUUACUGACUACUGCUUUAGUGAUGGUCACCAUGGCGACACAGCUCAUGAAUCCAAUCACAGCUCAGAGGCAAACUACACAUCUUUCCUCCUCGCUGCAGACAACUACAGCAGCAGCAGUACGUUUGCAGGCGAUUACUCUCAGCAUUUGACAACACUCGAUCCUCAGACAACUUACCGUCACACAUUUCAGCAGACGACGGGGAAUAUACAUAAAGAUCCCAGUUGUACAUACCAUGAUGAAGCAGAGUCCUUCCAUGGGGACACAUGCUCACCAGGACACUGGACGCCAAGACCGAACACAGCGUUACUCUCCAUAAUUCUUACUUUCGGCACCUUCUUCAUCGCUUACUUCCUGCAGAUACUCAGAAAUAGCAGUUUCCUGGGAAGGACAUCACGCCGCGCCAUGGGUAACUUCGGCAUCGCUAUUGCAAUUAUUCUUAUGGUAUCCCUGGAUUAUCUUAUCCAAAACACCUACACGCAAAAAUUGACCAUCACAGAUGGAUUUAUCCCCACCGAUCCCUGUAAGCGUGGUUGGUUGAUCAAUCCUCUGGGUAUAAACUAUGCAUUUCCAGUUGGCGCUGUCUUUGGCGCCAUCGUUCCUGCUUUUUUACUCUUCAUCCUGCUGUAUAUGGAAAUUCUGCUUACUGGUCAGUAUGUCAGCAAGAAAGAACACAAGCUACGCAAAGGAACAGGAUUUCAUCUGGAUCUGUUCCUGAUGGGAGCUCUCUCCUUAUUGGCGAGCUUGUUUGGCCUACCAUGGAUGUGUGCUGGGCCGGUACGGACGGUGUCACAUCUGGGGAGUCUGAGUGUGCUCACAAGGACAGAAGCUCCUGGUGUCAAGCCACGAUUGGACCACAUCAAGGACCAACGCAUGACCAAUUUUGCUGUCAGUUUGCUCAUAGGUUUGACUCACUUUCUAGCACCUGUACUCAGAGAGGUCCCUAUUGCUGUCCUCUAUGGUGUCUUCCUUUAUCUUGGUCUCAGCUCUUUAAGUGGAAUUCAGGUCAUCGAGAGAAUCAAGAUCUUAUUCAUGCCAAGCAAACAUCAUCCUGACAAGAAAUUUGUUCGCAUGGUCAAGGCAUGGAAGAUGCAUAUGUUCACCUUACUUCAGAUUGUUUCUUUGAUUGUCUUGUGGGUCAUUAAGACCUCUAUUAUCUCUAUGGCAUUCCCUUUUGGUCUGAUUCUUCUGGUUCUGAUACGACGCAAGAUUCUGGGCUUCUUCUACACUUGGCCAGAGUUGGAGGCGUUGGACAGUGAAGAAGAAGAACACGAAGGACAUGAAAUGUCUGAAUAAAGAUGGAACAUCAGCUCAGAGCAAUGACCAAUUAUCUUCAAUUAUUGCUCCCAACACCAACCACGAAAUGAGUUAUGAUCUUACGUGUAGUAAACAACAUCAAGUAUCUUCACCUAUUGAGUGUGUAACUGAUUGAAAGUCAUGCGACUUUUCCCUCUCAUUUCAUUGAUUGAAAAAUUGUAUAUUUAUAUAUUUUAACCAUUUAUUAUUCACUGCAUGUGUAAAUUGAAUAUAGCCAAAUGCACCGAAUAUGAUUGAAAUUAGACUGCUUAUUCCAGAGAUGAAAAUUGCCAAAAUGUUUUAUUUAAAUUGCUUUUGUGCCUUUUAAUGGGAUCCAUUUUUAUCAGGCAUUUUUGCAAUCAGGCUUUGUGAGAUGCUAGUAUUACUGUUCAAUCAACAAAGAAUAUUUUAAUAAAGAGGGCCGUCUUUCAGUAAAAUACAAACUAGCUCAUGUAAAUUAGCCUAUUACUAUUUAUUGACCCAUUGACCUUCAUGUUGCCUGUAGUGGGUUGCAGCUUGAAUUACAAACAAAAACUAUGAAUGAGCUGAAAAAAACAUGUAGUUAUCUUGGAGGCCAAGUUCUUACGUUACUAAACCCAUCUUGUAUUGUGUGAUAGCAUCUAUUUACAAGUAACAUUGUGAAUAAGGAGAGAAAAAAAUAUAUGCAAUUUUGUCAUGACUAUCGACUAAGUAAAAAGGGUAUACAUAUCAUGCCCAUUUUAUUUUUGUAGAUGACAUAGAUUCAGUCUUAUGGAUGCGACAGUUGAAAGAGUAUUGCUUGACUAUACAAGGAUGUUUUAAUGAUGAACUUUGGGAUUAGAAACUCUGUAGUUGAUCAAUUAUAUCCUUAAUCCAUUCUCUGAACAGGUUUGUAAUAAGUCACUGAACUUAGGUUUUGCACAGUUCCUUCAAAAAAUGGAACAGUAAGUUAUUCAAUUUGUAUUUAACUUAUUCAAUGCUCUCAACUUGACAAAGGGGAUCUCUCUUCCCUCUGGAUGUGGUUAAUUUACUGCUAUUUAUUUGAACAUAUAGGGAACACAUUUUCAAAGUCUUUCUAAUGACAUUUUCUUACCACGAAUGUCACAACUCAUACUAUCACUUUUUGAAAUAUCUCUGUAUCGUAUCUUGGAAGUGCACAUCGUACUCAGUUAUUAAGUGUCGUUAGGGAAAUGGAAGGACAUGGAUUUCUUCAUGCCCCUGAGUUUGUGUGAGAUUCUGUUAUAAAAGUGUGCGCAUUACUUUGUCUCUUCAUGAAGAGAGGAUUACUUUAAGUGUACUUUUGUGAUCGUUUUUCAAAGCUUCUGAUCAAAGAGUCAUUUUACAAAAUUUAUUGCAAUGAUAAGAUAGUUGCAAUUGAUUAUUGACAACUGGACAAAUUGUGAAAUGGUUUAUAGUCGUUGAUGAUUUGUGCCAUGCAUUAUUGAUUUAAUUGGGUAAAUUAGUGUAUGACUAUAAGAAUUGUCUACAGACUAAUGACUUGCUUUAUUCAUUUCUAUUUUUGGUUGACCAGGUUAAAGGAUAGAGGGCAGGUUGGUUUGUUUGUUGGUUGGUUGGUUGUUUAGGCUGGUAGUUGAAUUAUUCACAGCUGUGGGAUAAAUUGAAUGUGGAUUGAAAUGAUUCUGAGAAUGAGGUGAC